GACGCGCUAUUUAUAGGCAUGUUCAUUAUACAUGUAUUACAUUCGCAUGCUUGUGGAGGUGCUGUAUCGGAGUAUUGCUAAGUACACAAUUCAUUCUGGCGAUUCAUACCCAAGAUGUCGGAGAAUUAUAACAAUCCAGAGGCAGUGCGUUGUGCUUCUAGUUCUACAUAUCUUUAUCUUAAUGGAUUAUGGUUGGCAGGCAAUGCAGUAGCCUCGAUUGUCCUGAUCAUCUUUCUGACUUGUUUCCAGUAUGGGGAUAGGUGUGGGGAUGUCAGGAGAAGACAGCGCAAACGUCUUGUCUACCCUGUAAACUUUCUGAGGAAUUAUGAUCAUCGUCUGGCCUAUUUGCUCUCCUUCAUCGCCAUGAGUGGUGUCGUUUUCAAUUUGUUUAUCAAUGGAAUCCCCAAACCGGGUGGAAAAAUAGACCACAACGGCGAAGCCUUUGUGUCUAUAAUAGUGAAAUAUAUUUCAGUUUGCUUUGUCGGUCUCAUUUUCUACCCGUUCCCGCUUUGCGUCUCCUUUGACAAUGUUCCGAUGAAUGUGGUGGGACUUGUGUAUACCACUAACUGGUUGGCCUUUACUAUCUCCAGAUUCAUCAUAUGUCCAUUCGGGACGGAAGGGGGCGAUAUACAAGGAGCUGUAGACAUACCCGUUGUCCUCUCUCUUAUUGGGCUCGAAGUUUACUUCAUCCGGAGGAUAGUGCGCAUGUGCAGACGAUUUCUUACUGCAGAUCAGGAGGAAAAGCAAUUCGAGGAUACACACUACUGCGUUCGAGUUCGGUAUCUGUUGUUGUCCACCACCGCGUGGGCAAGUAGGAACAAGUCAGGCGGAGCAGCAACGACCCUUUUCAGAAGAUUUUACCCAAACAUACCAGGAUUCAAAUAUUCUACUCGCAUCGUUUGCACAGUAGGUCUCGCUGUUGCCUGCAUGUAUCAGACAUGUGCUUAUUACGUCGCGGUUGUGCAGCCCUGGUUGGUAGUAAUUGAUCCGGAUUGGCUACAAACUAUAGAUGCUACCUUUUAUGCAUCAUGUAUUUUGGCAUUUGUCAUCGCUGUCACGAACAGUUUCUUCACUCUGCGUAACUACAGGAACCAUACACGUAGUCUUUGGAUAGGCGAUUACUCCUUGACCUACAUACAACAGACACCCCCUAGAGUUGUGGUCUCAGCUUUGAAGUUUAGUGGAUACACCAUUGCCUUUCUCAUCACUGGAUUCAUUGUGCUACAAGUUAUGCUCUGGGCAAUAUUCUUCGUACUCAGUCUGCUCUUUCAGUCCGGCCUAUUUGUUAUGCUGAUGAGAAAUUACUGGCUACACCCUGUGAUGUUUCUUUUUCUCUACAUCGCUCUUCAAAUUGUUGCUCGUUGUGUUCUCCUCCAAGCGAACGAAGAUGGCGCACUUGUACUAAAGAACCUGCACUUGUUUCACAUCAUCACUUUCUUCUACAUCUUCCUGUCCGUCCUUCUGGGAAUAGUGGGGUGCAUCUUUCGGAUCUUGAAGGCGGCUGUGGUCGGGCUCGUACUCAUUGGCCGAGUUGACCAGUGUCUCCUCGUCCGCGGGUUCGAACGCUUCGAUCGUGGUUACAUGGCUUAUCGUGGAUAUCUCACGCUUGAGGUUAGCAUGACACAUCCCGUGCUCGUUACGUUCUGUCAGCUGCUAUGUCGGUCAAACAAUGAAAGGAAGUACAAACCCGAAGGCGAGUGUACCACUGAAAUGGAAGAUUCAGCGGCACCAUCACCAAGUAGGAAGAGGAGGAUCGCCCGCAACCGCUGGCUUGUGGCAUACACUUUGAUCCGUAACCCGCAACUCGCUUACAAAAUACCUCUCCGUGUUGACAACCAGAACAAAUCUUCUGUUGCAUCUGAAAUGAAGACGCCCCAUCUUGUUUAAAGUUGCCGGGCCGGUGAAAGUGGUUGGUUUAUGAGGGAGAGUUUGGCUCCAUAACGUCACCACAUUGUUAUUAUUGUUUUUUUAAUUUUCAUAUCAUAAGCACUUUAAAAUACGAUGGCAAAGACUUAAAGAAAAUCAACGUAAGCCAGUUUCAAUAACCGGGAUAAAUUGUUUGCAUCACCAAUUGAAAUAUGCGAACAUGACAAUGUCAUACAUUUAUACAUAAUUUGAAUAUGAUUUUUGUACUCUUAUAGGCGAGCGUACUCGCAUUGAUUUCAAAAGAAGUUUACCCAUCCAGUUCUAAUCUCCAUGAUCUUUAGGAGUUCCUGCCUUGAUAGACAAAUUUCUUUUCCUAGUUGAACUGCAUAAAUUCAUUGCGAGGCGACCUCUGUUGCGUUUGCACCUUGAAGGCUACCAGAAGAGCAUUUGUGAAAAGAUUUCACCUUUGCUCCACCUGCAAUGACCAACGGAGGUGGCGUUCUCUUCUUCUGAUUAAUUUAUAUACUUGCUAUAGGUAAUUCUAUAGGUAAUCGAUAUUGCCCUUAGUUUGAUUUCUUAAAGGUCUUCGCGAUCAUGUUUUUACUGAGUUUGCUCCGACACUGAGCUCCCAUUUCUUAACUAGUUCAUCGACGCCUACUAAAGGCCCUUUGCAUACGCAAUGUUAGUCCAGAAUCUGGCCUAUUUAAUUUUGAUCUCCACCAUACCAACGCUACCACCCCCUACUUACUUGCAACCAGCCGAAGAUGGCGUGAUCAUUAAAUUAGGAUGCCCGACGAAAAAUAGUCUCGGGCUGGGCUGGUGAGCAUGACUAUGAGUUCGUUGAUAACGCCAUCUUCGGCGGCUUGAAUCGAACAAGUGUGUAGGGAAUGUAAAGAACCAGCCAGAUUCUGGACUAUAAACGCAUUGUCGCUUCUGCGAAUGUUGCGGCCUAUGGCGCACCAUCUGAGAGUGAAAUAAAUUGCCCAAGCCUGAUUCCAGGAGAUAAAUGGUUAAUGGUUAAAGGUGUUUUUUGUAAAUAAUUUGUUCCAUUUGUUACAGUCGUUAUGUAUAUUGUAGAUCUGUUUAUGGAGAAUGUUAACUGUUAUAGCUCGCUUGAAAAUGUCGAUUAGCUAAUCAGUGUAUAUAAUCAGCUUACUGAGCUUAGGUUAUAAAAAUACCCUAAUAGUUUUCAAUGGCUAUCAUCAUGAUCGUUUAAAGAUUCUCUUGUCUCGUUAAAUACUUGUUCUGGUCCGUUUAAUACAACAGCUAUUAUAUUGAGUGCAACUGAGUAUACUAUGACUAUGUAUAUAGAAUUGUCGUUUUCCGGAUCUCGAUAGAUUCAGGUGAGUCUCUUGUUCUCAUCUUGGUAAUUUAUUAGGUUGCUUUGUAAAAAAAAAUACUUAAAGAGCGUACCACUCUUAAAAAGAUACUGGGUGCGCAAUGCCCAUAAUGAGUACAAUUAUGUUUCUGAUCAAUUUGUGGCGGUUUCCUGCCCAUUUCUGGUAUUUUGCCCAAAUCAUGAUUACCUUGUAAUUCAAAUUUAGCAAGUAUUCACGCGCAUGAUUGCCCUCACAUUGGUGAGUAAAAGUAAAACUUUUUUUUUUUCAUGUGAGAAUAGAUGUGAACAGAUCAGAUUUGUUCUAUUUAUUUUUGUUCUGGGCCGUGGUGUUUUAAUAGAAUAAGGAUGUCAAAGUGAUUGUUAGCAACGUAAAUCACACGAUACGUGUAUAUCAUUCAGGAAAGCAGUGGAAUGUACUUUUAUGAUAUUGUGAAAAGCGUCCUCUCGUGUCUGAAUUUUGAAAGAUUAUAUUUCAGAUGAUAAAGUAAACCUCUGAAUUAAAUUCUGAAGUGAAAUAUUCAUGUCUUUUUGAAAGAAAAUUACCUGAUGUACCGACUCAGUAACGCAACAUAUUUUAUUUGUUAAAAGCUUCGUUGUCCGGACGUCUACCAAAUAAUAUUUAGAAGAGUAAAGUUUUUGUUUCUUGUAUGUAUGCGAUAUAUGUAUUGUAACUAAGUUUUAAUACUUCUGCUAUGUUUUCAUUUUAAGUAUAUAGAUUAGUUUUGUGUUGUUUGUUUUUAUUUAUUUUUUAUCUGGUACGUGUUUUAAUUGUUUAGACAGAGCCCCUUUGAAAGCCCGCAUAGUACGAAGGAGGCAAAAAUAGUUGUUGUACUUGCUGUCAGUAUCAACUUGGACCAUUUCGCAUUUUUCCGUCUUCAAAAAGUGCUUUGAAUUUUAGCUAUUCUUCUGUAAUAAAGCGAAUGGUAUACAAUUUGAAAA